CGAUGAUCACACCUAUAGUCCUUUCACCAGCGACUCCCGCUGAACUCCUCCAAUAUAUCCUCGCCUACCAGACACACCCAACUACUCUCCUCAUCUGCUCUACACGAGCUGAUUUUCUCUCAUCACUUGCUCAAGAUGUCCAGGCUCAGGUACAGGUACCCCGGCAACAUGAGAGCAGAGACGACAACUCAGACGGCCGAGACACGGAGGCCCCCAAAUCCCUACCACUACCCCUACUCGCAGCCCCAAUCUACCAAGUGGCAGUAGCACGGCAUAUCCGCAUGCUCUUCCUCCCAACCGUCACCCAUCUCCGUGCCUACCUAGCUGUCUUCACGCCACACGACUCCAAAGUCCCACCGCCGCCUUUACGCCGAACCAAAGGCUUGGAAACCACCUCCACCUCCACCUCCGCAUCGUCAUCAACAUCGAACUGCCCUCGCCCACCUCUGCUCUUAGCGUACGGGUUUCUGUCCCUGCACCGUGACACGAGCGAGUGGAGCGCUCAGGGGAUUGGCUCUACGGCCGCCGCACUCGUGGAAGCUGCUUCCCCCCAUGAAUUUCGUGCCGCUGUGGUCGAACCUCGCGGCGACGGCGGGCAUGCGAACUUCCAUUCUGUUCUGUCUGAGCCUGCACCAGUUCUAAGCCGAGGCGUGAGGAGAGACGAGGGAGGGUGGAUGGGAAGGACGGUAGAGGUGCGAAGUGUGCUGGCGCGCUGGUUUCGGUUUCAGUCCGGGCAGUGGGAUCUAAAAUAAAUCUGACGAUUGGGCACGGGGCCUUGACGCAUGCCCGGACGCUGGACGGUAAAGUAGAGUAAAGUUGGCCAUCUUCCGGGGUAUAUUCAACUGGCCAUAACUCCUGGGGUCUGGUCCAAUAACAGACGGCCGCCCCCUUUACCAUACAUGUAAUUUCCCCCCGCCGAACGCCGAUUACCCUGUAGUGUUCCCUAUGUUCACAUCGCGUCCUCCCAUGG